AUGUUACAAAAUUCAGAAAAAAAAGUUCGAUAUCUGCAAUCUGAUACAACUCCUUUAUCUGAUGAUAAUAUACAAGAUAUCAUUAAUGCUAGAAAUUCAAUGAAACAUUCUAGAGAAGAGGCAUUGCGAUCAAAUAUUAAUAUACUUAGCUUAAGUGAAAAUUCCAAUCAUGAUGCUAAUAAAUUUGAUUCUGUCUUCAUAGCAUGGGAAAACAAGAUACAUGAUACUAAAAUUAGCAAAUCUACUAAUUUAGCUUUGGAAGAGGAUGUUGUUUCAGAUAGUAAGGUGAAAAAGACUGGAGAAAGAAAAUCGAGAACUGAAACUGUUCGCGUUUCUGAUUCUAUUUCAUCUACUGAAUCUUCUGAAGAUGUCUUGGAUUUGUAUAAGAGAACUAGUUCUGAAAUAGAGAAAAUUAGAGCAUCUGUCAUGCUCUU